ACCUCGGGCCACUGUGGGAGCGCUCUGUUUUUUGGGGCUGGCUGAUCAUGCUAGCAGUUCAGCUAACGUUAGCCUGCUAACACUAGCGUAUAUUCGAUUUUAAACACAAUAUUUGUUUACAGUAUGUCGCUAAGGACGCUGUACUUUUUAUUUUCUUGACUUGAAUCGUGAUUUUUAGGCUACCAAGCGAGUUUUGUCUUCCUCUUUGUGUUGGUAUCCUGUGUCAGACCAGACAAAACGUCCAGCGAGGCUGUUUGCUAAUGUUACAGUGUUUGCUUUGAGCUAUGCAUGUAUAGGACGCCAAUUGUUUUCUGCUGCGGACAAAACUCAACUGGGGACACUCGGCUGAAUAUCCUCUCCCAUCCCCCUUACCCCCUCUGUCAGAGCAUGGCUCAGGAGACCAAUCAGACGCAGGUGCCAAUGCUUUGCACUAUGGGAUGCGGUUUCUAUGGUAACCCCCGCACCAACGGCAUGUGUUCGGUCUGCUACAAGGAACACCUGCAGAGGCAACAGGGAGCAGGGCGAUCCAGCCCCCCGGGAGAGAAAGCUGCAACAUCACCGGCAGGAUCGCCAGGAUCAGCCGGGGCGACUGUGGAGAGUACAACCUCAGAGCCCAGUACAGAGGUGGCAGGAACCCCACCUGAGGAACAAACAAGCAGUCCCAGCUCUCCCAGCCCAGUAACUCAACAGAUGACCGCGAUGAGCAUCUCCCAGGAAUCAGGAGCCGUAGACUCUGAUCGAGCGGAGGCUGAGGAGGGAGAAGACGAGGGUACUUCAAACAGCUCAGAGCCAGUUGGGGAAGCAGCACAGGCGUUGUCUGAUAAUGACCAAACUCCAGAUAAAAACAAGAAAAAGAACCGCUGCUUUUCUUGCCGGAAGAAAGUGGGCCUUACUGGUUUUGACUGUCGCUGCGGGAACCUGUUCUGUGCCAUUCACCGUUAUUCUGACAAACACGACUGUCCCUACGAUUACCGGAGUGCAGCUGCCGCCCGCAUACGCAAGGAGAACCCCAUCGUGGUGGCUGAGAAAAUUCAGAAGUUAUGAGGACUGUGUGCAAAAAAAGGUCUCUGGCUUCGUGAAUUUGAACAAUGGCGACUUGGAUGAAAACACCUGAUAUCAUGGCUUCAUUUGAUCAUGGUAGACUAAGACGGGCGGGGUGGGGUGGUGAGGUUGCAGCCACUGUCCAGACGCUUCCCUUACUAGCAUCUCCCUCUCUCUCCACCAGUGACUGCAGCUGAACCUGAGCGUUUCUGUGUGUGUGUGUGCGUGCGUGCGUGUGUGUGCGUGUUUGUAUGAAAGUGUGUGUUUAUGCACAUUUGCUUGAGAGUCAGGGAGAGAGCCGUAGGGGCCUGGUGGACAUUGCUGUGGGGAGGGAAGGCAUUUGGUUUUACCCCUUUUUGUUUCUCAACUUGGGGGAUCGUGUGGGUUUAUUUUUAUACAAUCCCUGUAAGGCAGUUUAAAAUGAGACAGAGGUAAGCUGUUAAGGAAUGUGCCCCAGCCUGGAUAAUGACACAGAGGUCAAUUAAGAAGGUUAACUAGUUUUUUUUUGUUUUUUUUUCAAAAACCUAACUGGGAGAUUUCAUGUAUCAGCAAGACCUUUUAAGGGCUUUGGAAUAUUAAUUUUUUUUCUCCUAGACUGAAAAUGAUGUCAACUUCUUGUCAAAUUGGCAGAUUUUUUUCCCUCCCACCUCCUCUUACCUUUUCUCUAAGAGUCACCGACCAUCUGUUGAACUCCCAAGUCUCAGCAUUUUCCAGAAACGUUUCUCUUUGAUAUAUUGACUUAUCAUACUGAUAUUGGGUGCAUGAACAGUUAUUGGAGGGGGAAGGUAGCAAGGGUAGGGGAAACUGAGAACCUUGACUUAACUGAGUGAUUGAAUUCUGUGUUUUUUUUUUUCUCCUUUUUUUUUUCCUGUUUUAAUGAGCGUAUGACAUCAGAAGAUCUAUAUUAAUAUAUUGUAGUUAGCUUGAAUUGUGUGAUUGCAUUCUAUUUAUUUUUUAUCGUUUGGUUGGUCUGUGCUGGAGGAUUGGCAGCAUGUGUCAGCAAAUCAUUAAGAUUUGCAUUUAACCUUUUUCAAUUAUAUUUAAGUAAUUCCAUCUUGAUUAUAUAACCAUUGAAUAAAAAAUACACAAGCUCUGACAUAAUGGAGUAGAGUCCAGUUAAGCCGUUACAGCUUUUUUAAUUUUUUGGAAACAAAGCACAACAAAGUGUGUCAACUGCAGAGCACAAAAUAAUGUGCCACACCUCAGUUUUGUUCAGCAUCUGGGUCAUUUGCAGUUUAUAUUUGACCUGAAUAGCAGGCGCGCUGAAGAAAUUGCCUGAUCGACGAGACGUUCUGUUUUAGUAAAGCGGUGUGUUCCCCUUUUUAAUGCCCUUUUCUGUUCUAUGGACUCAGUGAAGCUCCAUGUUUCUCCAACCACCAGCAGACCACUAACACAUGCUGAAUGAACACCGACCUGGGUCGCAGUGCCUCUGCACAUUGACACACGUUCUGCUCGGCUAAAGUAACGAUUGUCACAAUGCUACGGAGUUGCGUGCUGUGCUUUUUCAAUGUGCUCAGAUUCAGACGAGUCCUCGCUACGAAGACCGCCUCUAGCUAGCUUCUUCUAGGAAGAUCAAACUUACCUGCAUGUGUGCAGUCAAACAUACGAGUUACUGUUCAGUAAGCGACUGCACAGUUUGAAAUGAAGCUGGAAUGUUUAAAAAGCCACACAGCAGUAGCACAAUGCAUGGCAGGAACUCUAAGGUUCACGUUAACAGGGCUCUACAGUUUUGUUUUUGUCAAAUGUAAAUACCAUAUGGCUCCUAUUCAUAUAGUAUAAUCUUAAUGUAGAUUUUUGCCAGGUAAUAAAGGUGGGGGACUAAGGUGAAGAACUAUGUGUAUAAAAAUGCUUUUCUUAAGUAUCCAAAAAAUUAAAUGUGCCGCAAAUGGCACUCAUCUUUUUUUCCCCCCAUCUUGUUCCCCUUUUUAUUUACAAGUUAUUAACCACAUCAUCUGCCCAUCUUAUGUCCAAAGUAUGCUCAGUCUCUGGCUCCACCAUGAGUAUGUCCUCCAGGCCAUGUGGUUUCUAUUCUCUAAUACUAGUCCCAUUGUUAAUAACAAGCCCCUUAAACUUUAGUAACCUUGCUGAAUUACACCGUAUCCCAGUCCAUGCUUUUAUCCUUUUACUGAAGUCUAUUCGUAGCAUAGGGAUAAUACUGAAAGUUAAAAAGGUCCCCUGUGAGAUGAAGAGGGGCAUUUUGAGGUUUCAUCUUUUUUAUUAUGAAAGCUUACCUUGUAAAUGUUGCUCAAUCUUGAUCAUUAAAUAUUUAUAUGAAAGAGCAGUAGGAAAGUUGCAAGGGAUUUGCAGAGUAUGUAUUUUCACAAAUACGCCAAUGCAGAAUGUGUUGGAUGUGAAUGACUCUUUUCCUUGUUUACACAGAAUACCAUGUUGGACCUGGUUGAAGUUUAGUUGUGGCUCUUUUCUUUUCUUUUUUGGAAAAUUGGCCUUGAUCAUAAUGCCUGUUUAAGUCCGACUGUGGGAGACGGACACGUGUUAAUGACUUUGUGACUUGGCUGCCAACACCACCGAGGAUACGUUGGUCAUCUAAAGCAUUUAAAUACCACUGGUGUCAAACUUGAAAUUCAGAAGGAGUUUAUGGGGAUUAUUUAAUGACUAUUAGGAGAAGAAGAAUUGUCAUAUUCAGGGGGACUUGUGGUUGCAGCAGCUCUGCAGGUUAAUGUUCCCUACUGUGUUUCUUAUAUAUUGAGAAUAUUCAAGCUUGCCUGCUGGGUUGAUGACAUUACAAAAUAGUGUCACCUACAAAAUGCUCAGUUUUCCUUUACAGAUUGAAAAGUCCUUUCAAAGUAAAAGUCAUUUACUUUUAGGAUGAUUGUUCAGGUGUGUAAAUUGGGAGGAUUUCAUGGUUUACACUUGUUUUCUACUGACUGCUCAUAUCAAACCCCCACCCCCUAUUUUCUUAAUAAACGUGGGCAGUUUGAAUGUAAACCACCAUAAUUCACAUAAUCAGCUGUAAUGUCAAUUAUCAAAUUACUUCGCCCUGAUAUUGACUGUUUUUGGGUGGAGGCCCAAUUUUCUUACAUGGGACUUGGGACAGUUGGACCACUCAUUGUUUUUGACGGUUUGUAAUUGAGGACUUGGCACCAGCAAUUAGGGGAACCAUACUUAAAUUAUCUAGAUAUUAUCAGCACAUAUACAUUUUUCUUCCUUCUGUUCUGUUGCUUCGAUAGAGUUUUGAUGUCUUCAAUCCCGUCUUUAGCACAACCUUUCAUAAUCGAUGUGUUCAUCGUGCGAGGGUUUUGAUUGAUAAUAAUGAUGAACCUGUCCGUUGUGAGGAGUCUGGUUGAAUCUCAGUUUCACUGCAGAAGUAAAGACGAGUGACGAACUCGCCUCAUUCGGUCUUUUCAAGAUGAUCUUGAGGGACAUCAAACGAAAUCUACAAUGUUCACAGAGUUGUAGUUCUUGUCCCUUGGCACUCCAGUCCCCCAGAAACACCACCAGAUAUCUUUUUAUUUUGUUUUUCUUUAAAGAUUUAGGAUUGUAUGAUGUGUAAGAGUAAGUAUAAAACAAUAAAUUCACAAAGUUUAUUUUAAAUUA